AUGAAGGACUGCUCGAGCACGCGUAAAGACAGCGCUGUUUGGGGAGCCCUCAACGAUGGUGCCAGUGGCAUGCGCAGCGAUCACGGUGAGUGCAUGAUAAGAGAAGAAGCACAAAGAGAGGAAGGGCAGUUAAGCAGUGCCAACAGGGGAAAUGAAAAGUGUAAAGAUGAACAGAGCGAUAAAGUUGUACCCCCACGGAAGAACCAACAUGCAGAAGCGGAAAACAUACACAGGACCCACAUAGACACGCUGCGGAAGCUGAAGUCAAACCCAGAAAUAAAUUUAAAGAGAGGGGAAGAAAUAGUUAAGAGCGCCUGUGUGUUCGUUUCGGACGAUGUGCUAUUAAAAAGGAAAAUUAAAGUCCCGACGGAGGAAUUUAUAAAGAGACUCUCCAUGAACGCUUUCCAUUUGUAUUUCCCCCCGUAUGCGUCUUGUUAUAACGAAAUAUCAAUGGCCCUGCUGUACCUCAACGGAGACGUAGGUGAUAUCAUCAUGGGGCUGAAAUACCUGAUAGAAAAUAUGAACGAAAUAAAUUUUUUAGUGUUGAGCUUUGUUGAAAAAUUGAAAAGAAAAAAAAAAGUGAAGAACAACCAAGUGGUCUUACACCUCAUCGAGUUUCUCCAAAUCAGACUGUGCGAAGAAAACUUAAAUUAUAAAUAUGGGCGGGAACAUAUGUUAGACUUUUACGACAAUCUCAUGCAUACCAGGAGGACUUUUUUCGAGUCAGGAGGCCUUGUGAAGGACGCGGUGGAUGUGAAGGAUCUGAGGCUAAUCUACCUCUACACACACGGCAUUCGGAUGAAGGGGGAGAGCAGCUUCGUGAAGGAGGUACGGCCUCCCAACAGUGACUCGCCCGCCGAAGGGGCGAAUCCUUCCCGCGUGGUGAAUGGCCAAGUGGACAGCAAAAUGAGCGGCCAACUGAACAGCGAAGUGGACACACGAAACUUUGUAAUUACAAACAGCGGACACAAAUUAAACUUCAAAUGCAAAAAAAAAAAAAAAAGAAAAAAAAAACUGGUGGGAGAAAUCCCCGUCCCGAAUGUACACCUAGGGUUACACUCAUGCUUUAGAGAGAAAUCCAUUUACGAUGUUGGGAGUUGUGAUUUAUUUUUUAUAAAAAAAAAAAUGCCCAAGUAUAUUUCCAAGUGCAUUGGGAGGUACAUGAAGGGUCGGAAUAUGUGUAGAAGCAGCGACACUGAUAUUUGCACCUGCCCCUCCAGCAUCAUUGUAAGCGUAUUCAGUGACGCCAAACUUCGGGAAAAGGUUAACAUGGCAAAGAAGGAAGUUAAGAGUGUUAAAAAUGCUUUGGUUAAAAUUAAAAGAAUAGAAAAUUUGGUGGAAAGGAUGAUCAAGUACGACCCUGAAAAUGUCAUGUGUAGCGACGGGGGGGAAACUUUCCCCAAGAGCGCAAGCCAAGAGAUACACAAACGUGACGAAGAAGACUCAGAUGCAGAAAGCGAGGAAAGCAUAAAAACGCACUACUACGAGAACUACGAUUUUAAUUUUGUGUUCCUGGGAAGUGUAAAAAAGGGAUCCGAUCGGCACAGGUCUUUGUUGUUCAAGUUGCUUUGCGACUCGGUGGACAUCCCUUGCAGAUUUGUGCGUUACGUGAAGAACCAGAGGAUCAAGUACUUCAAUCUCGUCUUAGUUCCAUCCCUUACAGGAGAAGACAAAAACGAAAACAACCUCAAGUGCUCAGUCAAAGAUAUUAAUUUCGAGCUUCACCAAAUAUGGGAGCGCCACCACGAGGUUGUAAACAUAGACGAGUACUUCACGUUUGAGAAAAAGUUGGGAAUGGGUGGAUUUGGCGAAGUGUGGGAUGUGUCCCUGAAGGAGGAUAAAGAACCUCAGACCUCAUUUUUCUUUCCGAGCAUAAAAGACACAACGCACUUUGCGUUGAAAAUUAUGGACAUGAACGAAUUCAACCUGAACGAGUCUGUGAUUCUGCGGGAGAAGGCACACACCAAUGUUGUGAAGAUUUACUGCACUUUCAAGGGGUACCAAGUGCUAUUGAACAGGCAGCACCAGGAGGAGAAGAAGGAGUGCCUUUGCUUCUUGCUGCAGCUGGCUGACACGUCAUUAGAAAAGGUGUUCUGCGACAAGGAAGCGGCAUACAACCUUAAUUUCGUGAGACUGACCCUGUUGGAGAUAGCCAACGUAAUGUCCUUCAUUCACAAGCAAAAUGCCAAACAAGAAUUUUACAUAUAUAGGGACUUGAAGCCAGAUAACGUGUUGAUAAAGGGGAAGAAGAUCCUGCUGACGGACUUUAACUUGUCGAGGAAGGUCGACCAAGACUUCGAAUAUCUCAUGAGUCAGUGUUGUGGCACAAAGGGGCACUUGGCACCUGAGCAGAAAAGCGUGGCUUAUAACAGGACGGUUGAUAUUUGGGCCUUUGGAGUUAUUGUGUCUAAAUUUUUAAAGCACAAAAAUUUUCAUUACUUUUCGCAUGGGGGGUAUAAGGUGGACUUGAAACAUUUUGAGGUUCAGGACAAAUUCCUGAUAAACCUGCUGCUCUGCUGUAUCGACGAGAACCCGUUCAUGCGGCCCACAUUUGGAGAAAUUUCGAGGAUGCUUAUUAACGAAAUUGUGAGGAACGAGCUGGAGAGGUAUGGGCGGGCCACCCUGUUGCAGAUAGCUUGGGAGAAGUAG